AUGGCCGAAACUCAACCAGAAGCAGCGUCGACGAGUGCUUUACCAAAACCAAGCUACUAUUAUCCCACAGAUGAUGACAGCCAGUAUAUCCCAGUACCCGCCAACGAUAAUCCCGACGAUGAAGAUUACGUAUGCAGAGGUGUCCCUGUUUUUGAGCCAACUAUGGACGAAUUUGUUGAUUUCUACGACUAUGUCCAGAAGAUUGAUAGAUACGGCAUGAAAGCGGGCAUCGUAAAGGUUAUUCCACCAGUUGAGUGGCUCGAGACGCUACCAGAAUACAACGCAUCCAAUCUCGAUAAAAUUAAAAUCAGACAGCCAAUAGCCCAGCAUAUGCUUGGUCGAAGUGGUUUGUACAAGCAAACGAACGUCGUUAAGAGGAAUGUGAUGGGAAUCGAUCAGUGGGCUUCUUUGGCUGGCUGCGGCCACGAUGUUAAGCUGCAGUUCCCCACCCCUACACCACAUCAACCCGAUGAUGUUCUCAGCGACUCUAGCAGAUUCACUAGAGGCAGAGGCUCGUCAUCUAAGCUUAAAGACCCUCCGAGGAGAAAAAGGAGGAGAACUACCGCUGACAAUUCUCAGUUACUAGAUGAAGUCAAGACUGAGGAUGCUUCAUUCGCUAAAGAUGAACCGAGUGACGAGCGCAUGAUUGAUUUUGCUUCUCAAACGCAACCUCCAACUCCUAGUCAUCCUUUGAACGACAACACAUCUCAUUCUCAAAGCUCUCUCCCAUCUGCAGAACUGCAAAGUAAAUUAUCAACACAAUCAGCUCAAGGAGAAGGCUCUGCAGCACCUCAAAAGCCACCUCCAGCUAGAGUAGGCUCAGAAAUCAGUGAAAGCACUGCAAAACCAUCAGCCAAGAAGAGACGAGAAGAACUAGCGAAUGAGUUUUAUGAGGGGCUCAAUAUUCACGAUGUAUGGCUGCCUGACGAUGCCAAGCAUGAGGAUUACGAUGUAAAAGGAUGCAAGCAGCUUGAAAAGCAAUACUGGCGGACUUUAGGAUUAGGCGAUAAUGAGAUUAGCUGGUACGGAGCUGAUUUGUCAGGGUCGCUUUUCAAUGACAAAACCAAAAGCUGGAAUGUGGCAAACCUGCCGUCGUAUCUCACCGAAAUCCUUAAAGAAGCUGGUGUCGGUGCACAGCUACCUGGAGUCAACACACCGUACUUAUACUUUGGUGCAUGGCGAGCAACUUUCGCGUGGCACGUCGAGGACAUGGAUCUAUACAGUAUAAAUUAUAUUCAUUUCGGUGCACCUAAAUUCUGGUACACGAUUCCGCAGAAGCAGAAAUGGAAAUUCGAGAGACUGAUGGCAGGUCUGUUCCCUGGGGAGUCUAAGCAAUGUCCGGAAUGGCUGCGCCAUAAAUCGUAUCUCGCUUCGCCACACGUGUUAGCGUCACAAAACAUCAAGCCGUCAGUGCUAGUGCAAAAGCAGAACGAGUUUGUGAUUACAUUCCCACAUGGCUACCACUCGGGUUUCAAUAUGGGCUUUAACUGCGCAGAGUCUGUCAAUUUCGCUACUGAAGGAUGGACCAAGUAUGGAAGGAAGGCGCGUGCAUGUACCUGUGUUGGCGACAGUGUGAAGAUAGACGUAGAUCAGCUGCUCGAGCGGAUCGAGUAUAGGAAGAGGGAGAUGGAAGCUGAGAAGAAGGGGGUGGUGAUGAAGAUGUCUUUGGAUGAAUAUCUACAGUCGAAGCGCGUCAAAGAGACGGCUGAUGAACAGAUAUCCCAUAUAAAGAUACUUGACUACCUCGUACCUACAUUCGCACCGCCGCAUGAUCAGCAGAUUGCGUGGAUGAAGUGGGGCGCUACGCAGCCAAUUGAGGUGCAGCAUGUGAUCAUCCAAGUUCCGUGGAUGCAGGAAUGUGUGAAGAAUACGCUGAAAUCGACGAAUGAGAAGAAAGAUCAGGCACAGAAGCAGGCACAGACAAAAAAGCAAGAGGAAGUGGCGCAAGAGGAGACGAAUUCUCAGCAGCAGCAGCAGCAAACAAACCCAAAUAUUAACCAUUCAUUCGCACAGUCAUCUGACACCUCCCUUAUGCCAUCUUACAACUCAUCAUUACCAUCAUACCAAGCACAUCAGACACAUCAGGGACUACCAAAUCACUACAAUCACAUAUCAUCAUUGGCUACCUCACAGCAGGCUCAGCAGCAUUCAACAGCAACGCAAGCACAAGUAGCACCAGCACAAGCACCAUCAUCAGCACACCCAUUAGCACAAUCACAUUUAGCAGCAUCCCAAACACAUUCGUCGCAUCUUCCUGGAGGUAUUUGA